AUGUGUUGGAUCUGCGUGCUGGUUGGUCUGCCCCGUGUUGAGCCUUUAAAGGCGCACCUGGACUCGCUCUCCCUGGACUCGCUCUCCCUGGACUCGCUCUCCCUGGACUCGCUCUCCCUGGACUCGCUCUCCCUGGACUCGCUCUCCCUGGACUCGCUCUCCCUGGACUCGCUCUCCCUGGACUCGCUCUCCCUGGACUCGCUCUCCCUGGACACACUCCCCCUGGACUCGCUCUCCCUGGACUUGCUCUCCCUGGACUCGCUCUCCCUGGACUCGCUCCCCCUGGACUCACUCUCCCUGGACUCACUCCCCCUGGACACACUCCCCCUGGACUCACUCUCCCUGGACACACUCCCCCUGGACUCACUCUCCCUGGACACACUCCCCCUGGACUCGCUCUCCCUGGACUUGCUCUCCCUGGACUCGCUCCCGCUCUCCCUGGACUCGCUCUCCCCGGUCUCAACUCCCCUGGAACCUUUUUAA